UUGAUCGACAUCUACUUUCGAAGGAUCCACCCUGUUCUGCCCAUUCUUAGUGAGAGCGAGUUCAGACAAUCUCACGCCGAAGGCAUGGCGAACGAGACUCUAGUGCACGCCAUCUGCAACGCAGCAGCCAAAGACGCUGAAGCUGCAUCGCACCUACGUCUAACUGAUUCUCCUGGUCCACUGGCCCCUCGGGAGUUCUGCAGCAGAUUGCACACAACUGUCAAAGCAGCCUUGAAGAUACCCGCUCAAUUUGAGAAGCUCACGCUCAUACGAAUACUGGCACUUGCAUCCCUUCAUGCCGAAGGCCAGGAUGGUGGCGAAGAAGCAACACUGUAUCUUGUUCAAGCGCUACACUACGGCCAGACUCUAGCACUCCACCUUGCACAGCAGGCUGGACUACCCUCAGGUGAAGAGCGCUCAUCCAAGCUCCUUUUCUGGUGUCUGUGGAGUCUCGAUCGUUUAUACAGCUGUAUCUACGGCAGACCAGUAAUGAUGUCAGACGUAGAUCUGUCCAUCGAGCCUUAUUCUCCAGGUGAAAGCGGCUUUCCGGCCUUCGAAGUCUGGUUAUCCAUUUGCAAGACUCUCAACAAGCUUAUUGGCUUCUAUCGACCACACCUAGAUAUGAGCAUCCUUGGCUGGGAAGAGGACUUCCCAAGUUUUGAAGAUGCCAUCGACGAAGGCCAUGGCUGGGAUCUGCCAGAAGACCAGGUGGCGACAUUGCAUCUUUUCUAUCUACUUGUUGGAGUUUUGACCCAUCGGUCAAGAGGUGUUCGGCACAUUCGACGCUCGUCAGCAUCGUACGUACGGCAAAGCUUGUGUACCCUAGAGAUCAAGCGGCUCAUGGCGUCUGACUUAUUCUCGCAACUGCUGCCUCUUCCUCUCCUGCCAUAUGCUAUUUCACUGGCAUUGUCGGUCUCAUAUCAGCACCUGCGACAAUCACACCUCACCCAUCAACAAGUUGAUGCGCGCGACGACUUCCGAGAGUGCUACCAGAUAUUACACAAGCUUCGAAGGACUUGGGCAAGCGCUGAUAUUAUUGCUUCGAUCUCGAAGAAAGUACUGGACGAGUUGAACAAGGCG